CCCCUGCCCACUAAAUUACAGCGUUUUUUUGUGAAUUGAAUGACGCGUACAUUCCAUGAAACAGGGUUUAUUUAUUUAUUUUUUUUUAUAUGUCAAACUGGUUUGAAUUCGCCUACCCUGUGAGGAUGCAGAUUUGUUUGUUAGCACCUUAGGAGAAAUAAAUUUGUAGUAUAGACAAUUCUAACGUCGCAAAAAAUGCUCUAAAUAAACAGAGUAUAAAAGCACCGGCUAUGUGUUUAUCUCCUCACAGUUGUCAUUUGCCUAAACGCAAACGAAGAUCUUAAAACUCAAAAUGAAAUUCCUCAUCUGUUUGGUCCUUUUCAUUGCUGCCGCUCAGGCUGGUGUGAUUUCUCCCAUCACCACCUAUAGCGCUGGUUACACCACAUAUGCUGCUGCUCCUGCUUACACCGCCUACUCUGCUGCCCUCCCUGCUUACACCUCAUCCGUAUACAGUGCUCCAGCUUACACCGCAUAUGCUGCCGCACCCGCAGUGUAUAGUGCUCCAUUGACAUACGCUGCACCAAUUACCACUUUGUUGAAGAAAUAAGGAAUAAUGUCCUCUAUAUGGACAAUUCCAUAAUUCCAGCUACAUGUAUAAAAUCUUCUUGCUUUCGUUAUUCGUUGAAAAUAUAAAAUUUUGUUUGUCUGAAAAGAAAUAAAAAAAUGUUUUUUUAAUUAA